ACAAAGCGGAAAGCGGAAAUUAGAGAGAGCCGUGAAUGUCAAACUAGUAUGGUAUGGACUGCGAUUUUAAGUAACCUAAAAUAAAAAUGUUGGGAUACAGUUUAUUUAGGAUAGUAGCGUUAACAAAAUGCAUCACAGCCAACGGAGGUACUGCGCUCUGCAGGACGAACAUGUUAAACAGAAUACAGACAUGUGGAUAUGCGAAGAAAGUUGCAACCAAAGGAAAAAAAGGCAUGGUGAAGGAAGAGCUGAAAGGUCCAGAAGUGUGUAAAGACCCUGUCAGACUUACUUCUUAUGCUGUAGGAGUAAACAUCUUCAAGCAAGGAGAAGACCCCAAACUGAAGCCUCCUGAGGAAUAUCCAGAGUGGUUGUUCCAGUUGAACCUGGGAGCGCCUAAAAAUCUGCAGGAGCUGGAGCCAGACAGCUGGGAAUACUGGAAGCGUCUGAGGAAGGAAAACAUAUGGCGUUUCAACAGACUACAUAAAGGGAAGAAGUUUUAAGCCAUCGCUGGACUGACAGUGGGCAGCUCUCGUCCUGUGCGUCGAUGUGCUUCAGACUGUAUGAACUGAAUGACCAUGACAUUGACAUGUUCAGAUCUCAUGUCAAGAGAUCUCAUCAAUGAAACCUCAUUACACCAACUCUUUACCACUUGCCAUUCAUCUAGUCAGUUAUCUGAAAUCAUGCAGCAUAUUCAGUGGUUUCCCUGCAUAGGCCCUCUGGUAACAGUAUUUGAAAGCUGGGAAAAACUGUUAUUGAUUAAGGCUUUUGAGUACAGUGUAUGACUUUAGAAAGUUCAUCACAAGUUAUGUUGAAUACAGGUGGCUAAAAUAUAAGACCUGAGACUAACAGUACAAUGGAAUCCAAUAAAUUAACACAGUCUCAACAAAAAGUGAACAUCAUAAGCAGAAAAGUAGAUUAAAAGUGCAUUUUGACCCUCUCAGCAAAGUUCAUGAUACAAUCAAAAGCUCCAAAAACAGCUACUAAAUUGACCUUGUGAUGAGAGUUCAGAAAGGUAGUGCUUACUGUAUUCAAUGAAGGGCCAUUGCACUGGAUUGAAUUCAUUUGUACAAUGGUGAUGACCUGAUGAUAUUUCCAUAAAUCACUUUCACCUUUUUUUUUGCAGACUUAUGAUAAAUAAAUAUGAAUAAAUAUCCAACAAA